CAGGGCAUUCAACUGGGUAUCAUAUAUUAAGUGCCCUUGGACCUCUUCCUCUCUCUUCAACUCCCUCUUCCACACGUACUUCGAUCGAGGCGAGCACCUUACCAGCCCUCUAAAUGUCUGUUGAAAACGGAGACGCCAUCCACGAAAGUGGUAUUGCUACACGUCCAUUGACCCUUUCCCUUGGAAAUGCCAGAGUUUCAAUCCCCGUGUCUGCUUCUCGCGACGAGUGGAUUGCUGCUGAGGUUCUUAGAGAUGACUUCCUCUCUCAGUCGCAGACCAGCGCUAAUACUGUAGACGAUGCUUCCGAAGAGAACGACGUGUUGCAGGCAGAGGUUGUCCUCUUUGCACGCUUUUUGUCCUUUGUUGCGCGACGGUUAUUAGACGAUGCGCAGUAUACCAAGGCCUCCACGUCCUUGCUUCUCGAUGCUUUUACGCACUUUGUCUCCAAGUAUCUCAGUGACACUGAUCUCUUUUCAUUUAUCAAUGCGUUUGACGGAGAUGUACGGAACGCGGUUCUAGCUGCCUUCUUUUCUGCGCGCGCAACACUGGAGCAACAGAAUAUCACCGCUAUUCCUAAACCUUUGGCGUCUGCUCUCUUUACUGCGGCUUCCAAAGGUGAUGCGUCCAUAUACGCGCUCUUCGGGGGCCAAGGAACCAACGAGGUUUACUUCGACGAACUCCAAGCACUCUACGACUCAUAUGAACCCUAUGUUUCUCCUCUAAUUACCGCCGUCACCAACGAGGUCCUAAUCCCCCUUGUCUCGGCACAUGUAUCCUCAAGCUACUACAACUAUGGCAUGGAUGUCAUUUCCUGGUUGUCGGGAGCCGUUGUUCGCCCCUCAAUUGCGUACCUCGCGUCUAUCCCGAUUUCCUUACCCCUUAUCGGGUUGACCCAGCUCAUACAGUAUUUGGUCAUCUGCCGGAUCUCAGAUUUGACCCCAGGACAGCUUCGUGGUUGUCUUGCUGGCACGACUGGCCACUCCCAAGGUGUGGUCUCAGCGGUGGCGAUCUCUGCAUCCAGCAGCUAUGAAUCAUUCGAUAUCAACGCGAAGAAGGCCCUGCGUUGGCUCUUUUACUGUGGUAUGCGUGGUCAGGAGGCGUUCCCCGUACUGGCCCUCGAACCCAGCAUCGUCCGUGACUCAGUAGAGGGCGGAGAGGGACAGCCAUCGCCAAUGCUUUCAAUCAAUGGCCUCGACCUAUCGGCUCUCAAAAUCCAUAUCAACGCGACUAACAAGCAUCUCCCAUCAAACUCUCAGCUUUCAGUUUCGCUGUAUAAUGGCCCGCGGAACUUCGUUGUCACCGGGCCGCCGCGCUCUCUCUAUGGCUUGGUCACAAACCUGCGGAAAGUCCGUGCGCCAAGUGGCGCCGACCAGAGCAAGGUCCCGUACUCGCAGAGGAAACCUGCGUUUGGCGUACGUUUCUUAGUAGUCAAUGCGCCGUACCACAGCGCAUAUAUGGCAGAGGCUACCGACAAAUUGUGCAAUGAAGAUCUCCAGGGCGAAGAACUCUGGACUCCCGACGAGUUGGCGAUUGCUGUAUUCAACACGGAAGAUGGUUCUGACUUGCGCGAAUUGACGUCUUCAAUCACCCGGUCGUUGUGCGAUCAAAUAUUCACUUCACCGAUUCACUGGGAUCUCGCAACCGGCUUCCCUGAGACCGCAACUCACGUCAUCGAUUUCGGUCCUGGUGGAUUAAAUGGCAUCGGUCCCCUGACGGCUCGUAACCUAGAAGGUCGUGGCGUUCGUGUCAUCACCCUUGGUGACAAGGGCCGAGGUGAGGCGGAGUUAUUCGAUGUCGACUGUGUUGAGUACGAAGAGUGGUGGAGCAAAAAGUAUGCACCCAAAUUGGUUAAGACGAGUGAUGGUACCGUUCAUCUCGACACGCGUUUCUCGCGGCUUCUGGGCAAGCCGCCGAUCAUGGUCGCAGGCAUGACACCUACCACUGUGAAGGCCGGUUUUGUAUCCGCCGUUCUUUCCGCCGGUUACCAUAUCGAACUUGCUGGUGGUGGCCACUAUAACGCUGCUGCCCUCCGUGCGAAGGUUGCUGAAAUUCAAUCCAAGAUUCCCGAGGGGGUUGGCAUUACUCUCAAUUCCUUAUACAUCAACCCCAAGCAAUUCGGCUUCCAGUUCCCCCUGUGGCAAGAAAUGCGACGCGAAGGCCUGCCAGUCGAAGGCUUUUGCGUCGCUGCUGGUAUUCCCAGUACGGAGAAAGCGGUCGAGAUUAUUGACGGAUUGCGCAACGCGGGCGUCAAACACGUCUCCUUCAAGCCUGGUUCCGUCGAGGGUAUUCGGCAGGUGGUCAACAUUGCUGCCGCUAAUCCUGACUUCCCUAUCAUAUUGCAAUGGACCGGCGGUCGAGCUGGUGGCCAUCAUUCAUACGAGGACUUCCAUAUGCCGAUUCUGAAGACGUACAGUGCCAUCCGUCAGCACGACAACAUUUGUUUGGUUGGAGGGUCUGGCUUCGGUGGCGCCGACGAUCUUUGGCCGUACCUCACUGGCGACUGGUCGAAAGACAAGUACAACACGCAGCCUAUGCCUUUCGACGGUUUUCUAUUCGCUAGUCGGGUCAUGGUCGCAAAAGAGGCUCAUACGAGUUCCUCUGUGAAGGAUCUCAUCGUCGCUGCUCCAGGUGUUGGCGAUAAAGAUUGGGAGAAUACGUACGUGAAACCUACUGGUGGUAUUCUCACUGUUCGCUCGGAGCUUGGGGAGCCCAUUCACAAAGUCGCCACAAGAGCCGUAAAACUAUGGAAGGAAUUCGACGACACUGUUUUCAACAUGCCAAAGGAAAAGCGUGCUGCUUGGUUGGCUGAGCGUAAAGCAGAGAUAAUUGAGAAACUCAACAAAGACUUCGCCAAGCCGUGGUUCGGGUGGAAGAAGGAUGGUACCGUCGCCCACGAUUUGGGUGAUAUGACAUACGAAGAAGUCACCCUUCGCAUGAUUCGCCUCAUGUACGUCGCUCAGCAAGAUCGCUGGAUCGACAUUAGCUUGCGCAAUCUCACCGGGGACUGGCUGAGGCGCAUCGAGGAACGCUUUGCCGGUGUAAAUGGGGGCACGAAGCCUAGCAUUCUCCAGAGCUUCAACCAACUUAACACCCCUGCCGCAUUUGUCACUGAGUUCUUUGGAAAGUACCCCGCCGCCACUGAGCAGCUUUUGGCUGCCGAAGAUCGUGCAUACUUCUUGACCAUCUCUCAGCGGCCUGGUCAGAAACCCGCCCCUUUCAUCCCCAUUUUGGACGCGAAUUUUGAGGUGUGGUUCAAGAAGGACUCGCUUUGGGCUGCUGAAGAUAUUGAUGCCGUCUUUGACCAAGACCCUCAACGUGUAUGUAUUUUGCAAGGCCCAGUCGCUGCCAAGUACUCCACAGUCAAGGAUGAGCCUAUCAAGGAUCUUUUGGGCAACAUCAACGCGAAGCUUGUGGAGCGUCUCUUGACGUGCUCAUACGACGGUGACCUUGACGCCGUUCCCACGAUAGACUAUCUUGCGCCAGAACCAGAGGAACCUGACGUUCCAGACGAUGUUGAAGUGGAAGAAAACUCAAAGCGGAUCAUCUACACGGUUGGUAGCAACCUUCCCGACAUUUCUGAAUGGCUCGACCUUUUGUCCGGUGACGAGCUGAACUGGUUGAAAGCACUCAUAAGUUCUCGUACGAUCGUCCAAGGGAGUGCAUAUAUCGACAAUCCGCUUCGCCGGGCCCUCCGUCCCCGUGCAGGCCAACGCGUGGUCAUCGAACGCAAGAACGGCUCCCCUCUGUCUUUGACCGCCUGCGGUGCCGCGCGGUCGUUUGGUUUGCAUAAAGACGAUUUCAAGGCCGUAGAGAUCAAGUUCUCAUCCACUAAUUUGAUUGAUGUUACCCUUUAUGAGGAUCGUCGUGACGUUUCCGUCCCCCUGUUCCUUCAGUUCAAGUAUGUCCCCAGCAUGGGUUCAAUGGUGAUUCAUGAAGUCGCCGAAGCUCGCAACCGUCGCAUCAAAGAAUUCUACUGGAAGUUGUGGUUUGGUGACGACGAGCCUCUCCCAGAGAUCGGCCUUCGUGAGACUUUAAUUGGUCCUGAGGUAACGAUUUCGGGCAAGGAGGUAGAAACGUUCUGCGGUGUCAUUGGCAAUCAGAACGAGGCAUACAAGCUAGCUCGUGCGAACCGUGUCAGAGCCCCAAUGGAUUUUGCAAUUGUCACCGGUUGGCAGGCUAUCAUGAAAGCGAUCUUCCCCCCAGUCAUUGACGGCGACCUCCUGAAGCUUGUCCACCUAUCAAAUGGUUUCCGCGUACUUCCUGGCACUGAACCUCUUAAGGAUGGGGAUGCUUGUAUCGCUGAAGCUUGUAUUACCUCCGUGAAGAAUACGGACGCAGGAAAGGUUGUCCAAGUGAGAGGACAUGUGUACCGUGACGGUCAGCGUAUUAUCGAAGUCACAUCUUCCUUCCUUUACCGUGGCCGAUUCAUCGACUUCGAGAACACCUUUGAAACCGUUGACGAACCUGACUACGUCGUGGAACUGUCCAAUGAUGCCGUCGUAGGGGUUGUACAGUCGAAAGAGUGGUUGUGUUGGGAGGACGAAUCUCAACCUGCCAAGGCUGGCAUGACGCUUGUGUUUCGUGUACGCUCUGAAGUCACCUUCAAGGACAAGACAUCUUACCGUGACGUUUGUGUCACGGGAGACGUGUUCCUCCGUGAUCAGCUCAAGCGGCUUAAGAAGGUUGGCUCGGUAGACUUCAACCAGGAGGGAUGCCAAGGCAAUCCAGUUGUGGCGUACCUCCAACGACACGGUAUACCGGAGGGCCGUCUCACUCCUUUGACGAAUGAAGGUUAUACGAUGACCAACAACGUAUCCACUGACUUCACUGCUCCCCUUACUAACGAGCCUUAUUCAAUCGUCUCCGGUGACUUCAACCCCAUUCAUAUCAACCCAUAUUUCUCGGACUAUGCGGCUCUACCAGGAACUAUCACCCACGGCAUGUGGUCCAGUGCUGCAACGAGGAAAGUUGUAGAGAAUGUAGUAGCGGAAGGCAAUCCCGCUCGUGUUAUUGCGUACGAUGUUGGCUUCGUCGGAAUGGUUUUGCCCGGCGAUGAGCUUUCUGUCAAGAUCCGCCAUAUUGGUAUGCGCGACGGGAACAUGGUUGUCAAAGUAGAAACGCUCAACCAGGGUGGUGAGAAGGUCAUCGAGGGCACUGCCGAGGUGGCUCAGCCGACCACGGUCUACGUCUUCACUGGCCAAGGUUCCCAAGAACCGGGUAUGGGUAUUGAUCUCUAUAACUCUUCUCCUGCUGCCCGUGCUGUCUGGGAUGGUGCCGAUGCUCAUUUGCGUGCCGUCUACGGCUUUUCGAUCAUCGAAAUCGUCAAGGAUAACCCGAAGGACAAGACCAUUCACUUCGGUGGAAUCAAGGGCCAAGCUAUUCGCCAACGAUACAUGGACAUGACUUACGAUACUAUGGAUAAAGAUGGCAACGUCAAGACGCUGCCCCUCUUCGCCGACAUCGACACCCGCACGCCUAAAUAUACCUUCAGUCAUCCAAAUGGCUUAUUGUUCGCGACUCAGUUCGCCCAAAUCGCUCUCGUGGUCACCGAAAAGGCGGCCUUUGAGGACAUGCGUGCGAAGGGUUUCGUGCAGAAGGACUGUGCAUUCGCUGGUCACUCCCUCGGAGAAUAUUCCGCCCUGGCAUCCAUGGCGGACGUCCUUCACAUUUCUGCGCUGGUUGACGUCGUUUUCUAUCGCGGUAUCACUAUGCAGCGGGCCGUCGAGCGCGAUGCUCAGAACCGUUCCAAUUAUGCCAUGUGCGCUGUCAAUCCCAGUCGUAUUUCAAGAACUUUCAGUGAGACGGCGUUGCGCGAGGUUGUGGAUACCAUCGCCACCCGUACCGGCACUUUACUUGAAAUCGUGAACUAUAACGUUGAGGGUCAACAAUACGUCUGUGCCGGCGAGCUGGUCGCACUUCAAACGAUGACCAAUGUCUUGAACUAUCUUAAGAUCCAAAAGAUUGACAUCGCGAAGUUGACGGAAACUUUCACUGUGGAGAAAGUGAAAGAGAUGCUCUGCGACAUCGUCGCUGAAUCCUUCCAGCGUGCCCAGGACUUGCAGAAGGCCGAGGGUUAUAUCAAACUCGAACGUGGAUUUGCUACCAUCCCUCUCCCUGGAAUCGACGUGCCUUUCCAUUCUCGUUACUUGUGGGCCGGCGUGAUGCCAUUCCGCGCAUAUCUUUCGAAGAAAGUCAACCCCACCCUCCUCAACCCCGAUAUGCUCGUCGGGAAGUACAUCCCGAACUUGGUUGCGAAGCCGUUCGAUGUUAGCAAGGACUACGCACAGCUCAUAUAUGAUCAGACAUCUUCUCCCCGUCUUGACAAAGUCCUAAAGAAGUGGGAUCAAGAAAAUUGGGCUGCUGCUGAACAACGGCAAAAACUUGCUUAUAUCAUUCUCGUCGAACUUCUAUCCUACCAGUUCGCUUCCCCAGUCCGGUGGAUCGAGACGCAAGAUCUCCUCUUUACUGAGUACGGAUUUGAACGUUUGAUCGAGCUUGGCCCCUCCCCCGUUCUUACUGGAAUGGCAUCGCGGACCCUGAAGGCGAAAUACGAACCCACAGACGAUGCAGUCAGCCGCAAGAGAGCUAUUCUCUGUCAUGCCAAAAACGCUCGCGAAAUUUAUUAUCUUUUCGAAGAUGAGGUCGCUGAAGUUCCUGUUGCAGAAGCUGUUCCUGCACCUAUCGUUGCACCUGCGCCCGUGCCUGCUGCUGCUGCUACCUCCGCUCCCACGCCCACCGCAGCCCCUGCUGCUUCCGUCGAGGAUGCACCUCUCAAAGCCGGAGAUAUCUUGACAUCGAUUAUCGCUCAGAAACUUAAGAAGAAGAUUGGCGAGGUCCCUCUAACCAAAUCCAUCAAAGACUUGGUCGGCGGCAAGAGUACAUUGCAGAACGAGAUACUUGGUGAUUUGCAGGUUGAAUUUGCCUCCGCUCCUGAAAAGGGUGAGGAGUUGUCGUUGGAGGAGCUUGGUUCAGCUCUCGGUGCUGGACACCCGGGCACGCUUGGCAAGUACACAUCAGGUUUGAUAUCUCGUAUGAUUGGAGGAAAGAUGCCAGGAGGGUUCAAUGCCUCCGCCAUAAAGGCUUACCUCUCGAAGACAUGGGGGUUGGGUUCUUCUCGCGCAGACGGUGUUCUUCUUUUGGGUACGACGAUGGAGCCUGCCAAACGCCUUUCUUCUGAAGGUGAGGCUAAGGCGUGGUUGGAUACCGUCGUGUCCCUAUAUGCCCAACGCUCUGGUAUAUCGCUGAGCAGCGGAGGUGCUGGCGGUGCCGGUGGUGGCGCUGGUGGUGGCGCAGUUAUCAACAGCGAAGAGUUCACGAAGUUUCAGGGCGAGCAAAACAAAUUUGUCGCGCAACAGGUCGAGCUCUACAUGCGUUAUCUCAACCGUGACUCUCGUGCUGGCGAGAUUGCGUAUGACAAGGAGAAGGCGAACUCGGCUCAAUUGCAAGCUCGUUUGGACGCCAUCACAAGGGAACACGGCGACACCUACAUCGAUGGCAUCCAACCUGCCUUUGACCCUCUGAAAGCACGUCACUUCGAUUCCUCGUGGAACUGGGUCCGCCAAGAUGCCCUUCUCAUGUACUACGACAUUAUCCAUGGACGUCUUACCACCGUUGACCGAGAACUUACUGCCCGCUGCAUUGCCCUUUUGAACCGCGCUGACCCAGAGCUUCUGACGUAUAUGCAAUAUCACAUCGACGGUUGUGACCCAAGCAAGGGUGACACCUACGCGCUUGCCAAGCAGUUCGGGCAGCAGCUCAUUGACAAUACCAGAGAAGUUGUCGGCCAGCCACCUGUUUACAAAGACGUCACAUUCCCUACUGCUCCUCGCACCGAGGUCACAGCCAAGGGAGACAUUGUUUACUCCGAGGUUGUUCGUGAGAACGUUCGCAAACUGGAAGCAUAUGUGGAAGAAAUGGCCAGCGGUGACACGAUUUCUACUGUGAACAUUCAAAAAGUUCAGGAGGACGUACUCAAACUCUGGACAGUCGUCAAGUCGCAACCUGGAAUCAGCCAGGAUCAGAAGAACCGUAUCAAGGCUUUGUAUGAAGGUGUUGUCCGUUCGCUGCGGAAGGGUCCUGACCAGCCCCGUCAACGUCAUCGCGACCGUCGUUCUUCCUCUCAGUUCCUCCGGCCUCAGGUCUCCACUGUCACAUCUGUAUCUGCCGACAAGGUGCCUCUUUUGCAUCUCAAGCGCAAAGUUGGAAAUAAUUGGGAGUACUCGAGCAACCUGACCGGUGUAUACCUCGACAUUCUCCAUGAAAUUGCGACAUCCGGGACGACUUUCAAGGACAAGAAUGCUCUACUCACUGGUGUCGGCAAAGGUUCCAUUGGCGUUGAGAUCUUAAAGGGCCUCCUUUCCGGCGGCGCCCACGUUGUUAUCACCACUUCCCGCUACAGUCGUUCCACCGUGGAGUAUUACCAAGACAUUUACCAAAGGUUCGGUGCUCGGGGUUCAGCACUCACUGUCGUGCCCUUCAAUCAGGGGUCCAAGCAGGAUGUCGAGGCACUCGUCGACUAUAUCUAUGCUACUCUUGGCAUGGAUCUUGACUACAUCCUUCCAUUUGCCGCCGUUCCAGAGAAUGGGCGCGAGAUUGACGGCUUGGAUGACAAAUCGGAGCUCGCCCACCGUAUUAUGCUCGUCAACUUGCUGCGGAUCUUGGGUGCCGUCAAGACCAAAAAAGCGUCGCGUCAGUUCGUUACUCGGCCUACCCAAGUUAUUUUGCCACUGUCACCAAACCACGGUCUCUUUGGUAAUGACGGCUUGUACUCGGAGUCGAAGAUCUCGCUUGAAACCUUGUUCAACCGCUGGAACUCCGAAAGCUGGGGUGAAUAUCUAUGCCUGGCUGGUGCUGUGAUUGGAUGGACCCGCGGUACGGGUUUGAUGGACGCCACUAAUAUAGUCGCUCAGGAAGUUGAAGCUUACGGUGUGCGCACCUUCUCCGCAAAAGAGAUGGCAUUCAACAUCCUCGGUUUGAUGCACCCACUGCUCUUUAGCAUCACACAAGUGGAACCCAUCUGGGCAGAUCUGAACGGCGGAAUGGAUCGUCUCCCGGACCUCGCUGACAUCACCACUCGCAUUCGGAUGGACCUGAAUAAGAAGAGUGAGCUUCGCCGUGCCAUCGCUCGUGACAAUGCACUUGACUUUAAGGUCAUCAAUGGUGCUGAGGGCGAACGUGUGCUCCAGACUGUCAACGUUGUACCUCGUGCUAACUUCAAGUUCGAUUUCCCUACUCUCGAACCUGCUUCUGCCUUCGAGGAACUCAGCAAACUGCGCGGUAUCAUUGACUUGGAAAAAGUCGUCGUCAUCACUGGGUUCGCCGAAGUCGGCCCAUGGGGUAGUUCGCGAACUCGGUGGGAGAUGGAAGCUCGCGGAGAAUUCACUAUUGAAGGUUGCAUCGAAAUGGCAUGGAUCAUGGGCUUCAUUAAGCACUUCGACGGCCGCCUCAAAGACGGUGCUCUCCAUGUUGGUUGGGUAGACGCCAAGACAGGAGAGCCUGUGGACGACAAGGACGUUAGAAGCCGGUAUGAGAAGGAGAUCCUCAGUCACGCUGGUGUCCGUCUAAUUGAACCUGAAUUGUUCCGUGGGUACGAUCCCAAGAAGAAGGUGUUCAACCAGGAAAUCGAACUGAUCCAUGAUUUGGAGCCCAUCGAAGUCGCUAAGUCGGAGGCGGAGAAAUUCAAGUAUGAACACGACGAGAAGUGUGAUAUCUGGGCUAGUGAAGGUGAUCAGUGGUUUGUCAAGUUCAAGAAGGGGGCGCGUGUUCUCGUGCCGAAAGCAUUCCGCUUCAGCCGUCUCGUCGCUGGGCAGAUCCCUACCGGAUGGCACGCUGGAAGAUAUGGCAUACCUGCGGAUAUCAUCGCACAAACAGAUCGUGCCACACUUUGGGCCCUCGUCUGCGCCGCUGAAGCCCUCAACAUGUCCGGUAUCACUGAUCCCUAUGAGCUUUACAAACACGUGCAUCCUUCCGAAGUUGGGACGUGUGUUGGUAGCGGUAUGGGAGGUACGGAGUCGCUGGCAAAGAUGUUCAAGGACCGCCGUGAUGAGAAGGAAGUACAAAACGAUAUCCUUCAAGAAACGUUCAUCAACACUACCGCCGGAUGGAUCAAUCUUCUCCUCAUGUCUUCCAGUGGACCAGUCAAGAUCCCCGUUGGCGCCUGUGCCACUGCCUUACAAUCGCUUGAGAUUGCCUGUGACACCAUUCUUUCUGACAAGGCCAAAGUGAUGAUCGCGGGUGGCUUCGAUGAUAUCAGUGAAGAGGGUUCUUAUGAAUUUGCGAACAUGAAAGCUACGAGCAAUGCAGAAACCGAGUUUGCUAUGGGACGCGAACCCACUGAAAUGUCAAGACCCGCUACCACUACACGUGCAGGGUUCAUGGAGUCCCAGGGUACGGGCAUUCACAUUGUUAUGAGUGCCAAGACAGCACUUGAACUGGGUGCUCCCAUUCGGGGAAUCCUAGCAUUCACGUCGACGUCAACUGACAAAGCCGGACGCUCCAUUCCCGCUCCUGGUCGCGGCGCCCUCACUAUUGCCAGAGAAUUGCCUUCGAAAUAUCCUUUGCCAUCACUCAGCAUUGACUACCGUUCCCGUCAGAUUGCGUUUAGGCGGAAGCAGAUUUCGGAGUGGCUCUGUCACGAGCACACUCAGCUACAAGCCGAGAUUGAGAGUCUGAAGGCGGAGAACAGUGCCGUCGACGAAGAUUACUUUGCCGCCCGCGUCGCUGAUAUCGAGAAAGAAGCCCAUCGGCAGGAGAAGGAGGUUCUCAGCACGUAUGGUAUGCUGGAAGGUUCUGACCCGCGUGUUGCUCCCAUGCGCCGUGCACUUGCAGUGUGGGGUCUGACUGCAGAUGACAUUGGUGUCCUUUCUAUCCACGGAACGAGUACUAAUGCCAACGAGAAAAAUGAGACAGAAAUAUGGCACAACACUCUCCAUAGGAUGGGCCGCACGCAUGGCAACGCUGUUCCAGUCAUGGCACAGAAGAGCUUACUUGGACACUCCAAGGGUGGAUCCGCUGCUUGGCAGAUGGCCGGUCUUCUGCAAACUGUCAAUACUGGCAUCAUUCCUGGCAACCGGAAUAGUGAUAAUGUCGACGCUAGAUUUGAGGCCCACCAUAAUCUUAUGUUCCCGUCACGAUCAAUCCAUACAGAUGGUAUCCGUGCUGGUGUUAUGUCAUCCUUUGGUUUCGGUCAAGUCGGCGGUACCGCACUCAUCGUACAUCCUCGUUACCUGUUCGCUGUGUUAGAGCCCUCCGCCUACGAGGCAUACAGGGUCCGCAAUCGAUCUCGUGCCCAAGAAGCGUACAAGGUGAUGACCGAGAUGAUGACCACGAACUCCUUGGUCAGAAUCAAAGAUGGUCCGCCCUACAGCCCUGAGCUGGAGCAUGCUGUCCUCUUGAAUCCCACGGCUCGCGCAACUUUCGACCCUAAGACCCGCAGCUAUUCGUACACUGCCAACCUCAACAAGAACAUUCCCUUUGACACUGCGAAUGCCAAGACCGUAGCAAAUGCACUAGCAUUUAACUCUGCUUCCAUUGGCGUCGGCGUUGACCAAGGUAACGUCAUUAACUCACGGCAAAUAAGUACACCAGCGACUAACCGUUUUUUAGAGCUCAUUACAUCUGUUCCCUCCUCCAACCCAACUUUCGUCGAACGCAAUUUCACAGAGGCAGAGAUCACUUAUUGUCGUUCCCAACCUUCUCCCCAAGCCUCGUUCGCAGGACGGUGGGUUGGUAAGGAAGCCGUCUUCAAAUCGCUAGGCGUAUCAUCGAAAGGCGCUGCUGCCGCAAUGAAAGACAUUGAAAUUCUUCCCAGCGAGUCGGGUGUCCCAACUGUGACCCUCCACGGCGACGCAAAGGCGGCCGCGGAAAGCAAGGGAAUCACCCGAGUGUUGGUGUCGUUGAGCCACUCUGAGACUGUCGCCAUUGCUUUCGCUCAAUCUUCGUAAUGACUUAAUUGCAUACUACUACUAUAUACCACUAGAUUUCAUGCCAAGUGCACUCCUGAAAACUGUUUGUUC